GGGGCCAACGCCAGCGGCUCGACCAAUCCCGGGGACGACGAUUUUGAUGGGAAACGCCCGCGGAAAAGUAUGAUGCGUCGGACAGUGGAUUACAACUCUUCGUUUCUGUCGCUGUUGGAACGGCGAGUGUGGCAGCGGGAUGGGCGGGACCGGCGAGCCCUUCAACCCGAUUCAAUGUACGUGCCGCAACUGCUGCCGCCCAUGGGCUAUCCGGACAAUCCGGCCAAUGCCGUCACCACCAAGUUCGUCAAGACGGCCACCAACAAGAUGCGUUGUCCCGUGUUUACCUUGGCUUGGACGCCCGAAGGUCGACGUUUGAUCACGGGCGCCAGUUCGGGCGAGUUCACGCUCUGGAACGGGCUGACCUUUAAUUUCGAGACUAUUCUGCAAGCGCAUGACACGCCCGUGCGGGCUAUGGUAUGGUCGCACAAUGAUCAGUGGAUGGUGACUGGCGACCAUGGUGGCUAUGUCAAGUACUGGCAGUCCAACAUGAAUAAUGUCAAGAUGUUCCAAGCGCACAAGGAGCCCGUGCGCUCGGUCAGUUUCGCGCCCACCGAUGUCAAAUUCGCUUCGUGCUCGGAUGACGGCACGGUGCGCGUGUGGGAUUUCUACACUUGCACGGAAGAACGCGUAUUGCGCGGUCACGGUUCGGACGUCAAGUGCGUGGAUUGGCAUCCGACGAAAGGCAUUUUGGCCUCGGGCUCCAAGGACAACCAACAGCCCAUCAAGAUCUGGGACGCCAAGUCUGGCAAAGUGUUGAGCACCUUGCACGCCCAUAAGAGCACGGUCAUGGAUAUUGAGUGGAAUCAGAACGGCAAUUGGCUACUCACCGCCUCGCGGGACCACCUACUCAAGCUCUUUGAUAUUCGCAACACCAAGGAAGAGGUCCAGACCUUCCGCGGUCACAAGAAAGAAGCCUCCACGCUGGCCUGGCAUCCCGUUCAUGAAGGUGUAUUCGCGAGUGGUGGCUCCGAUGGAUCCAUCAUGUUUUGGAACGUGGGCGCUGACAAAGAAGUGGGCACCAUCGAACAAGCUCACGAAUCCAUUGUCUGGUCCUUAGCUUGGCAUCCCAUCGGCCAUAUUUUGUGCUCAGGCUCCAACGAUCACACGUGCAAGUUCUGGACCCGCAACCGUCCCGGCGACACCAUGCGAGACAAAUACAAUUUGAAUACCAUGCCCGUCGGCACCGAAGAUGACAGUUUGACGUCAAGUGAUAUGCCUGCAGCCGCUAUCACCAUUCCGGGCAUGGCUCCCGAAGAUCGAGUCGAUAGUGGGAUUGGUUUGAAUCCUAGUUUUGGUGCUUUGGGGGCAUCGAGCAGUUCUAUCAUACCCGGAUUCGACCCUGACGAGGAAGCCAUAGCGGACAACAAGCAGCAUCAACAACAACAUCAACAACAGAAAAAAGUCCCUUACGCCAAACCCAUUCCGAAACAGUUUCAGAAUAGUUGGACGUCGGGUGAAGGCCCUGCUCCUAUGCCUCCCAUUCAUGGAGCGCCCAAUCCGCCAUUUGAUGGUCCCUUAGGCCAUAGCUCAUACUUAGGUGCAGGUCCAUCUGUCAUGAGCGGAGCAGGAGCAUCUGCAUCAUCAAUGGUUAAUUCGGGUUCCAUUUCUCUCCAAGAACUUCAACGUCAGGCAACGGCUGUGGUCGCAUUCGGACAGGUCUAUCCAGUUCUGCCCGGAUCCAACUUGUUUAUGUCUAUUAUGUCCGGGGAACAUGCGGUCAAAGACGUAUUGCGAAACGAAUUCCUACCCGCUGGAUGAAGAUCAAUCCGCAAUCCCCGCCAUUUUACAUUCUGAACAUUUGCCAGUCAUGAAGAUUGAUAUCUACAAAGUUUAUGUUAAUUUGAUUUGGCUGAAUAAUAUUUCUCGAGCUGAUGUGUUCCUUUGCCCCGCCCUUUCCACGUUUGAUUUCAAACCGGUUCACUUUAUUUUUCAG